AUGGCUAGAAAGUAUGAAGGACAUGCAGUGGGAAUCGACCUUGGCACAACGUACUCUUGUGUUGCCGUAUGGCAGGAACAACACUGUCGAGUGGAGAUCAUUCAUAAUGACCAGGGCAACAGAACAACACCUUCCUACGUUGCUUUUACUGCCAAUCAGAGGUUAAUCGGAGAUGCUGCUAAGAACCAAGCUGCCGCUAACCCAAUUAACACUGUCUUCGAUGCUAAGAGACUCAUCGGUAGAAAAUAUAGUGAUCCGGUUAUCAAGAAUGAUCUGUUGAUGUGGCCAUUUAAGGUCACUGCAGGGGCUGAUGACAAACCAAUGAUUGUUGUUACAUACAAGGAUCAAGAGAAGCAAUUUUCCGCAGAAGAAAUCUCAUCUAUGGUUCUCAUUAAGAUGCGAGAGAUUGCGGAGGCAUACUUAGAGUCGCCUGUUUGUAAUGCUGUUAUUACAGUGCCUGCAUAUUUCAAUGGCUCUCAGCGCAAAGCUACCAGAGAUGCUGGCGCCAUUGCAGGCCUCAAUGUGAUGCGAAUAAUUAGCGAGCCAACUGCUGCGGCUAUUGCAUAUGGCCUUUACAAGAGAUCGAAUUGCGCCGGAGAGCGUAAUAUAUUAAUCUUUGAUCUUGGAGGUGGUACUUUCGAUGUGUCUCUCCUUACUAUUAAGGGGAAGGUCUUCCAAGUUAAGGCUACUGCCGGAAACACUCACCUCGGGGGAGAGGAUUUUGAUAACAGAGUAGUGACUUACUUUGUAAAUGAAUUCAAAAGAAAGAACAAGGUUGACAUUGGUGGCGAUGCCAGAGCCUUGAGGAGACUGAGAACUGCUUGUGAGAAGGCAAAGAGGACUUUAUCAUUUGCCGUUACUGCCACCAUUGAGUUAGAUGCUUUCUUUAAAGGAGUUGACUUCUAUUCAUCAAUAACGCGUGCUAGAUUCGAAGAACUUAAUAUGGACCUCUUUAGAGAGUGCUUGGAAACGGUAGAUCGAUGCAUCACUGAUUCGAAUGUGGAGAAAUCAAGUAUUCAUGAUGUGGUGCUUGUUGGUGGCUCUUCUAGGAUUCCCAAAGUGCAGGAGUUGUUGCAAGAAUUUUUCGAGGGCAAGGAGCUUUAUAUGAGCAUCAAUCCCGAUGAAGCUGUUGCAUAUGGCGCGGCUGUUACGGCUGCUUUGUUGAGUGGAGGCACUAAGAGUAGUGCCCCAGACUUGGUGCUGCAGGAUGUUACUCCUCUGUCUCUUGGUGUACGGACAAGAGGAGAUGUAAUGACUGUUGUGAUUCCAAGGAAUACUAACAUUCCUGUAAAGAAAUCACGAAAUCUCUUCACGGUUGAAGAUAACCAAUUGGAUAUGGUGAAAAGAAUUUAUGAAGGUGAGAGGACAAGAGCCAGCGAUAACAACUUGCUCGGUCUAUACACACUUCAUGGCAUCCCUCCUGCUCCGAAAGGCCAUCCUGUAUCGAUAUGCUUCGAUUUAGAUGCCGACGGCAUCCUAUGUGUAACUUCUGAGGAAAAGACCACCGGCAAUAAAAACCAGAUUACCAUAACAAAUGAUAAAGGAAGAUUAUUGCAGGAAGAAAUCGAAAGGCUCAUUGAGGAAGCUGAGAGAUACAAGGUUGAAGAUGAGAAUUUUCUUGAGAAAGCAAAUGCAAUACGUGCUUUGGAAGAUUAUGUUUAUGACAUGGAGAAAGCCUUAAUCGGUUCUAAGCUUUGUCCUGAGGAUAAGAAGAAGGUAAAUUCUGCAAUUGAUAAGGCUAGAACUCUGCUUGAUGAUGAUAACAAGGAGAACAUAGAAACUGAUGUGUUUGUGGAGCAUCUAAAUGAAGCUAAGCUCAUUUUUGAGCCCAUUAUAGCUAAGACUAGAUAUAUAUGUUUCGUGCACAUUCGAGUGGGGAUGUGGUUGGAUUUGUUUAAGAAGAUUUCAUUAUUCCGAUUAGGUUGUUGUGAAUCGAAGGAGGCAAGGACGAUGGCGAGAAAGUACGAAGGACAUGCAGUGGGAAUCGACCUUGGCACAACAUACUCGUGUGUUGCCGUAUGGCAGGAACAACAUUGUCGCGUGGAGAUCAUUCAUAAUGACCAGGGCAACAGAACAACACCUUCCUACGUUGCUUUUACUGCUAAUCAGAGGUUCAUUGGAGAUGCUGCUAAGAACCUGGCUGCCGCUAACCCAGCUAACACUGUCUUUGAUGUUAAGAGAUUGAUCGGUAGAAAAUAUAGUGAUCCAAUUGUGAAGAAUGAUAUCCUGAUGUGGCCGUUUAAGGUCACUGCUGGUAUUGAUGAUAAACCAGUGAUUGUUGUUACAUACAAGGAUAAGGAGAUGCGCUUUUCUGCGGAAGAAAUUUCAUCUAUGGUUCUCACUAAGAUGCGAGAGAUUGCGGAGGCGUACUUAGAGUCACCUCGCAAAGCUACCAGAGAUGCUGGCGCCAUUGCAGGCCAUCCUGUAUCGAUAUGCUUCGAUUUAGAUGCCGACGGCAUCUUAUGUGUAACUUCUGAGGAAAAGACCACUGGCAAUAAAAACCAGAUUACCAUAACAAAUGAUAAAGGAAGAUUGUCGCCGGAAGAAAUCAAAAGGCUAAUUAAGGAAGCUGAGAGAUACAAGGUUGAAGAUGACAAGUUUCUUGAGAAGGCUAAAGCAAUGAAUGCUUUGGAUGAUUAUGUCUAUGACAUGGAGAAAACCUUAAAGGGUUCUAAGCUCUGUCCUGCGGAUAAGAAGAAGGUAAAUUCUGCAAUUGAUAAGGCUAGAACUCUGCUUGAUGAUGGUAACAAGGAGAAGAAAGAAAUUGAUGUGUUUGUGGAGUAUCUUAAUGAAGCUAAGCGUGUUUUUGAGCCCAUUAUAGCCAAGACUCGUUAG